AUGCUUGGGUAUCUAAUCAAUGGGCUACCGCCUGCUGAUGCGGUAGUCGCAGUUGGCGUUAUUCUUCUUACUGGCUAUGUCCUGCAGCUCGCUUUUGCAGUUGGGUCGAAACUGCCAUUAAUCAAUCAAAAUUCCAUCUUGGAUCUUGGAAGCAUGAAGUCUCGUCGUUCCUAUGUCACUGGCGCGGCGGACCUUAUCAAAUCCGGGUUUUCUCAGUCCGCGAAGGGGUUCCGGCUGAUCACAGAUAAUGGAUGCCAAGUUGUACUCCCACCGAAAUAUCUCAAUGAGAUUCGAAAUCAUCCCGACAUGAGCCGUGACAAGGCAUCCGCGAAGGAAUUGCAUUCCCAUCUUCCUGGCUUUGAGCCCUUUCGCGAAGGAUCCAAAGAUGAGCGAAUCAUGCACGAUGUUGUACUGACGAAGCUGACACGCACACUGGGGCGCGUCACAGAGCAUCUCUCGAAGGAGACUGCCAUGGCAGUUCAAAAACACUGGACUGAUGAGAAGGAAUGGCACGCCAUAUCUCUCCGAACUACCAUCACUCCCAUGCUGGCCCAGAUGUCCUCCAGGGUAUUCUUGGGUGAACUGCUAUGCCGAGACCCCAAUUGGCUCCAUAUCACCAUUAACUAUGCCAUCCAUGUGAUUCGCGCGACCGAAAAAUUGCGACAAUGGCCAAAGAUUCUGCGACCUUUCGCCAAUCAGGUGCUCCCUUCGUGCCGUAUGAUUCGAUCGGAUAUGAAACAGGCCCUUGACCUAAUCACACCAAUCCUGACCAAGAGACGAGCCGAAAAAGCAGCUGCAAUCAAGGCAGGAAAAGUCCCAACAGAACAUAAUGAUGCUAUUGACUGGAUGGAAGAUGUUGCCAAAGGUCGCCCAUACAACCCAGCGAUUUCACAGCUUCUGCUUUCUAUGGCUGCUAUCCAUACCUCAGCGGACAUGCUGACACAGAUUCUCUUUGACAUCGCUGCCCAGCCAGACCUGAUUAAAGCUCUACGCGAGGAGAUAAUAACUGUGACUCGCGAUAACGGUUGGAAUAAGAUCUCCCUAUACAAAUUGGUUCUUAUGGACAGUACAAUCAAGGAGAGCCAACGAUUGAAGCCUGUUGCAAUCACGCCAAUGCGUCGUCUUACUACCACCGACGUUGAGCUAUCAGACGGAGUCUUCAUCCCCAAAGACACCACCAUCUUGAUCUCCGCGGAUAGCAUGUGGGACGAGAAGAACUAUGAAAACCCACAACAGUUUGAUGGUUAUCGUUUCCUCAAAAUGCGUGAUAUUCCUGGCCAACAGACAGCCGCUCAACUGGUUGCACCUUCUCCAAUUCAUUUGGGCUGGGGCUUUGGGCAGCAUGCCUGUCCCGGAAGAUUUUUUGCCGCCAACGAGAUGAAAAUUGCUCUCUGCCAAAUCCUUCUCAAAUAUGACAUUAAGCUCGAUGAGACAUGUCUACCACAAGUCAGGCGGUUUGGGGUGUCUAUGGCUGCUGAUUCGACCGCGAACCUGGUCAUUCGAAGACGACAAGAGGAGGUAUCCCCUGAGGCUUUAGGAUGUCAGGUUUGA